AUGUUAAACAAGUGGGAUCAAGAUUCUGAAAUAUUUCCUGGAAGAACUGGAGCAGAAAAUGAAACACGGCUAUACCAGUAUGAUCAUGAUGACAAAAAGAACCAUCAGAGCAAUGGCUACCAGCACAUUGACGUACACCAGUCAAAUCAAAAGUCGAGAGCAAAGACUAGUUUGUCUUUGAAGGUAAUUAAGUUGACAUCUGCAAAAAGUAGGUAUCAGAAAGCAACUGGGGAAGUUUCUAUAGACUAUUUAGGAGACAAGUGUGUCAUGGCUCCCAAAUGCAGCAAAACCAGUGCUAGUUAUAGCAGCAGCAAUAGGCAAAGGAGAUAUAUUGAUCUGGAAGUGAAACAAAAGAGUACUAACAUUUCAUAUGCCUUUGAUAUGCUUCGUCCUGUACCUGACACCCUUUUCUCUAACAAGCUCGAAUUUCUGCCUCUAGGGGACUCGGGCACUAGCUGGACUGCGCAUGUGCGGUGCUUGGUUUUGCUUCUAACUUCCCUGCGGCCCCACGGACGCCGAGGUUUGGCAGUGAUGGAAACGAGCUUGUUGCGCCAGUUCCCGUUGCUUUUGCCUCAGAAUCGGGAGAAAACCGUUUAUGAGGGAUUCAUUUCGGCUCAGGGAAGAGACUUCCACCUGAAAAUAAUAUUGCCUGAAGAUUUGCAAGUGAAGAAUGCAAGAUUACUGUGUAGUUGGAAGUUGAGAACAAUAUUAAAUGGAUACCAUCAAGUAAUCCAACAGAGAAUGCAGCACUCUCCCGAUUUAAUGAGCUUUAUGAUGGAAUUGAAGAUGGUUUUGGAAGUUGCUUUAAAGAAUAAACAAGAGCUGCAUGCACCGCCUCCUCCCCCCCAGUACUAUUCGGGUCUUAUUCAAGAGCUAAAAACACUCGGAUGGAACAAACUUGUGUAUAUGGAUACUUACUUCAGCACCUUCAAGUUAAAAGCCAAAGAUGCUUCUGGUAGAGAGCAUCUAAUCACUCUCAAGUUGAAGGCGAAGUAUCCGGCAGAACCACCAGAAUGUCUUGUGGAUUUUCCUGUUCCAUUUUCUGUUUCUUGGACACCGCAGAGCUCCUUACAAAGCAUUCAUAGUCAGUUUUUGGCAGCAUUAGACUCACUGAAGGCAUUCUGGGAUGUUAUGGAUGAAAUCGAUGAGAAGACUUGGGUACUUGAGCCAGAAAAACCUACACGGAGUGCAACGGCACGCAGGAUUGCAUUAGGGAAUAAUACUUCAGUGAACAUAGAAGUAGACCCUAGACAUCCCACCAUGCUUCCUGAGUGCUGCUUUCUUGGAGCUGACCAUGUGGUAAAACCCCUGGGAAUUAAACUCAGUAGGAAUAUACAAUUAUGGAAUCCAGAAAAUACUCUGUUACAAAACUUGAGAGAUGUUUUAGAAAUUGAUUUCCCAGCUCGUAGUAUACUAGAAAAAUCUGAUUUCACUAUGGAUUGUGGAAUUUGCUAUGCUUAUCAACUUGAUGGUGUAAUUCCUGACCAAGUGUGUGACAACCCCCAGUGUGGACAACCUUUCCAUCAAAUAUGCUUAUAUGAGUGGCUGAGAGGACUACUGACAAGUAGACAGAGUUUUAACACCAUAUUUGGUGAAUGUCCAUAUUGUAGUAAGCCAAUUACGUUGAAAAUGCCUGGGAGAAAACCUUGA